GCGGAGGAACCGCUCAUCGCGCCGAAAGAGCAGCGGAUAUUCAAGUCGAAAUCAAUGGUGAUCUCACGACGACCAAAUACCUGACCACCACCCGACCCCUUCCCACCGGCGUCCUCUUGUCCACGGCGCCUACUUUUGUCUCGGACGGCACCACAUCCGAGUACACCACACUGGUCAUCGGCACCGUCGCCAACGGCUUCUACUCGCGCAUCGUGAGCACGGCCGAGCGCGUCUUCUACGCCAUCCCGCGUUCAGGCGACCGGCCGCAACCGACCGGCGUGGUCUCGGAGGCGGUGAGCACGGAGGUGCAGGGUGGCGCCACCACCGUGCACCGCACGCGCUACAUCCGCACCUCGCUGGGCGCCAGCUACGGCCAGGUGAUCGAGCGGAGCAGCUCGGUGGUGCCGGAGCUGCAGAGCAGCCAGGCGGAGCCGGAGGAGCUGCUGCCGACGGUCACCGUCGGCGAGCCGCCCCAGUACGCCAGCUUCGCGCCGCACUUCACCGCCGAGCCGGUGGAGCUGAACGAGAUCCCGCAGGCGCGUCGCGUCGUGGAGGGCGAGGAGAUCAUCAUCGUGGAUGACGUCGCACACCCAGACACCAGCCGCAAGAUCCUGCCGACCUACACGGCCGAUGGAAACCUGCUGGUGCUCAACACACCGCUCGUUGUAGUGCCGAACAGGGCGUCUUUCGAGAAGACGCAGGAGCUCCUCAACGAGAAGGUGAACAAGAUGGUGAAGGAUCUGGGUCUUGAGGAGCAGAGCACUCGAGUGUCAAGGGACUUCAACGACCUGGAGACCAUCGAGAUCCUGGAGGAUUUGGCCCUCAGUGGUAGCGAGCUGACUACGGUGACGUAUGUGGGUUUCUCCGACUUCGUCACCACCAUUGGGAGCACCGUCGUGGUCUUCAUGCCACAAUCGGCGGGCGCAGCGAAGAUCCGAGAGAAGAUGAGCAAGACGGCUGGGCCCAACUUUGUGGGUCCAACGAGAGCUGGCAAGGACAUCUUGCUUAGCCGUGCGCCGGUCUUCAUUCCGAACCGCGGCGAUGUCAUCACAACGACUCGGACAUUCGUCUCACACGAUAAGAUGGGCACGAAAACCGUUGAGGGUCACGACAUCGAGGUAAAGAAAAACAUGGCGACGUUAGUUGCCGGUAGGCCCGUGGAGACGGUGGUAAUGAACAAAGAUGAAGGAACCGUCACGCGGUUGGGAGCCGAUUCCGUCGUUUCCGACAACGCCAACACAAACGUUCUCUCCACAGCCAGCACCAGGGUAUACAACACUGUUGACCUUUACCCUACCGGCCUGGUGACCUCGAUCGGAGGUACAGUGGCGCGUGAUAAGGUCACCACCGUAUUCACCACCCUCGUGUAUGGCACCUUCAUCAAGGGCCGCUACGCAAAGGUUGUAAAGAGCACGUCCAGCAUCUACUAUCUCGUGUCGAAGACGGACAGUUUCCAGCCUACCCCCGUUGUACAGGCCGCUCCGUCUACCCUUCCUAUAAUCAACAACAGUCUGGGAAGAGCUGUCGGCAGCAGCGCAGCGGCUCAGGUGAUCGUCGCUAGCGCGGACGAGGCCAAGGCAGCGCUGAAGAACUCGCAGCUGGAGGGCAGCAUCGACACGUCGUCGGCGCCGGCCCUGUUCUCCUCGCAGGCCGACAGCGAGGAGGAGAAGUCCGUGCUCAAGACAUACUACACCACCUUCACUUAUUUCACCACCCUUUCCAGCGGUGGGUCCACUGAGGUAAAGACCAGCCUGAGCACGGUGACCAGCGUGGCCACGGAAGGCCUGCAACCGGCACCGCUGACCUACUUUCCACCUUCACGUACUUCACAACGUCCCAGUUGGAUGGCCGGGAAACCGUGUCCACUCGUUACGUUACAGAGUCGCAGGUGGUGACGCCCACCAAGGCGUCGUUUGUCAGCA